AUGCGGUCAAUCAUUCCGCUGGCGGAGCACAAUCCCCCUUCGUACGAGUAUCGCCUUUGCCUCCGAGAUCGUGUCAUUUGUCUACGCCAAACGUCUGAUGCUCUGCUUUACCGUUCAGUGUUCCCUGGGCCAUCGCCAGAUCCGGACUUGGAGGACCAGCGCGAGGCGGAGACCCUCAAAUGGAUACAUGACUACUUUCAGCUUAAAGUCGACCUUUCUGAGCUAUACAAACAAUGGGGAGCUCGAGAUGCCGUCUUUCAUAGCCGUAAAGACCGGUUCAGCGGCAUAAGGAUGCUCAGACAGGAUCCAUUUGAGAACCUGAUCUCGUUUAUCUGCUCAUCCAAUAACAACAUAGGUCGUAUCACCAAGAUGAUUCAAGCUCUCUGCCGACAUUACUCCACUACGUUGGUCACUCUUCCACCCCCAGCAGACUUUUCGAGCACCUCAGGACAACCAUCGGGCGAAUCUCAUGCAUAUCAUCCAUUUCCACCACCGUCCGUCCUAGCGGCUCCCGGCGUCGCAGGCACUCUUCGCACUUUAGGAUUUGGCUAUCGGGCCGAUUUCAUUCAGAAAACGGCCAAGAUGCUCGUAGAUACUCAUGGCGGGACUGAUCGAGAUGCGUUGGAGCCCGCCGAGAGAUGGCUCCUCACACUCAGAGAAAAAAGCACACAAGAAGCACGGGAAGAGCUGCUCAAGUUUAUGGGAGUAGGCAGGAAGGUUGCGGACUGUAUAUUGCUCAUGAGUCUGGACAAAAACGAAGUGAUACCCGUCGAUACCCAUGUUCACCAGAUUGCUAUGAAGCAUUAUGGCGUCAAUGGAUCGUCCAAGGCAAAGACUGCUAUGACACCAAAGUUGUACGAUGAAGUGAGCAACAAGCUUGCCAUUAUCUGGGGUAGCUACGCCGGGUGGGCACAUUUGGUCUUGUUCACAUCUGACUUGAAGUCUUUCGCCUCGUAUGGUCUUCCUACCCCUUCUCCCUCUCCAUCAGUCCAAGUGGAAGUUGGCCGUAUUUCGCGCAAGCGAAAAGUAGGCCUUGCAACGCUGCCUACCAUCCCACCUCCGCAGACCACUAGCAAGAGCUCCCGCGCCCGAGCAGGGGCGUCGCUUCGUACAGAUGCAGAGGCUGGGUCUACUUUGCCUGUCUAUGAGGAAUCUGGUUUGAGUAUGGCAGAUCGCGUGAAAAGACGCAGACGCGCUGAGAAGGCUAUCAACGUGGCUGCUGCCAGUUAG